AUGCUUUUCUACGUAUUACUCUUUUUUGGCAUUGUCUCUCUGUGGUGGCAUUGGAGGGCAAGAAACAGGAUGAAGGUUACAAAUCUCACCGGAAAAUAUAUAUUCAUCACUGGAUGUGACACAGGAUUUGGAAAUAUGGCAGCAAAGAUUUUUGACAAGAAGGGAUUUCGAGUUUUUGCCAGCUGUCUGACUGAAACAGGAGCCAAAGAGUUAAAAGCUGUGACCUCGAAGCACCUUCAGACAGUGCUGCUAGAUGUAAGAGAUUCAGACAGUGUUAAGAAAGUGGCUUCAUGGGUCAAAGCUGAAGUUCAGUCAGAAGGUCUCUGGGGACUUGUCAAUAAUGCUGGGAUUAUGGGGCCAUUAGCUCCUACAGACUGGUUGGAUAUCGAGCACUUCAGAGAACCAAUUGAAGUUAAUUUAAUCGGACUCAUAAAUGUUACAAUAAAUAUGCUUCCCUUGAUUAAAAGAGCAAAGGGAAGGAUAGUAAAUGUAUCCAGUGUUGGAGGUCGCCUAGCAUUCAGUGGUGGAGGCUAUUUUCCUUCAAAGUUUGGGGUAGAAGGCUUUAAUGACAGCUUAAGGAGAGACAUGAAAGCUUUUGGAGUAAAGGUUUGUUGCAUUCAACCUGGACUGUUCAAAACGGCAUUAUCCAAUCCAGCAAGGAUUAUGAAAGAGAAGGAGAUUAUUUGGAAUAAGCUUCCCCCCGAUAUUAAAAAGCAAUAUGGAAAGGAGUAUUUUCAGAAAGAUGCAGCAAAGAAACAAAAGCUGUCCAAGAUCUGUCUUAACAAGGACAUUUCACCAGUUGUUCAGUGCAUGGAGCAUGCCCUAACAAGCCUCCAUCCACGUGCCCAUUAUGUUGUUGGGCAGGAUGCUAAGUUGUUCUGGAGUCCCCUCUCCAAAAUGCCAGCAGUUAUACAGGACUUUCUACUGCUGCGGAACAGAGUAGAGCUUGCAGUUUCCCAUGCAAAGUAA